AUGAGGACUGUUGUCGAACUGGCUCUGGAUUAUCUGUCUCAAGGUCGACUCACCCAUGGCGAGCUGCACCUCCAAUCGACCAGUAGCUUGUUGUAUUACUACUCCAAUGCUGCAGAUCGUGUUGAGGGUUUGUAUCAGGACAUGUUUACCCACUCCCGUUUUUCCUCCGACAAGGCGUUCCUUACUGCUGCGCAACACGCAGGUUACAUCGAUGCUCGUCCUGGUUCCCUAGAGCCGCCCUUACAUCGUCGACUCUUUUCUUUUGAUCAUCCCAUACCCCUUCCUGGAAGUCCCACUUCUGAUCAUAUCCCCGCUGUUCCCAUGAUGGACACCGUAAUGUUGAUGUGGGAGGAUAUGAUUGGGGCCUAUGUGAGGGAGGUUCUAGGUUAUCCUGUCUCCCCGGGUCGCAUCUUGCCCCCGGUAGAAGUUCCCAGUUCCAACGAUCCCCUGCCGGCAACUACUUCCUUGGUCAUGGAUGGCCCUCCUCCCGUGCUAGGUGCGAGUGACUCCGUGUCGCGGAGCACCCCCUUGUUCCUACCGGGAUCCCUGUCUCCCACCUCCCCUCGUUCCCCUUCCCCCAUCCCUUCCUCCCCCCGUGUUCCUGACGUCGUUCGCGAGGUUGUCGAUUUGACUAUGGAUGACGCCGAGGACUUGUACGAGUCGCAGGAGGAGUUUCUUGCUCGGACGGGUGGGACGGUGACCAUUAAACAGGAAAUUACCGAGUCCGAUGUAUUGUAG